CGUGUAAUUUCUAGCACGAGUUUGAUUCUUGCUCAACAUAUGCUUUUCAGUUUUUUAUUUUUAGGACACCUGCCUGAAAAAGUAAUUGCUGCUAAUUAACAGAUUAGUUUUGGAUUUAAAAAAUUCGAAAUAUUUAACAUCUAACAUAGAUUCACUCAAUAUUCGUUUAGCAUGGACGAUUCUGACCUGGAUGAAGAACCAACACCUCAAAAUAAAAAGCUGACCAAACCCCUUGUUCGAGAUACUGGAGAAAGUUUGCAGGAAAAGGAGAAAGUAAAACCACAAAUAGCAAAAAAGCUGAGAAAACAGAGGAGACAGCAGAAACUCCUCCAAAAGCUUGACAAGGAAGCCUAUCAGAACAGCCAAACUAAUGUUAACGCUGCCUUGGACGAAUCAAGUCCUGCCAAGAAGAGGAAGAAUGCAAAACAUGAGGCGAAACUCAACAAUGGUGUAGAAGUCGACGAAGUGGAGGAGAAUGAUACCGACGCUCAGGGUCAAAAAUCCGGAGGAGGACGACCUUACACAGUGAGCAUAGCGGUGGCCGGAUCAGUUCUGGAUAACGCUCAAACACCACAACUCAAGGCAUACUUGGCAGGUCAAAUUGCCAGAGCUGCUGGUAUUUACAAUGUGGACGAAGUCAUUAUUUUUGAUGACACUGGAGGAAAUUCAACUCAAGCUUGUGAACUGAUGGCAAGAAUUCUUCAAUAUUUAGAGACACCGCCGUACUUGAGAAAAUACUUGUUUCAAAUUCAUCAAGACUUGCAAUAUGCUGGCCUAAUUGCUCCGUUGGACAUUCCACAUCAUUUGAAGAGACACGAAGCUUUACCAUAUCGGGAGGGAGUGGUUUCUAGUAAACCAACAAAGGAAGGGAAAGAUGUGAGCUAUGUUUAUGUCGGAUUGGAUAGAGAUUGUCGAGUUGAAAAACGCCUUCCUGAAGGAAUUCGUGUGACUGUCAAGUUUGACAACCCAUCACCAGAAUACAUCCUGAAGCCAAAAGGGAACAUGAAGGGAGCCGUUGUCUCACCUCACUUACCCAGAACCGAAGCCGGUUUUUACUGGGGUUACACUGUGAGAAUAGCCACAAGUUUAAGCAAGGUUUUUACCCAAUGCCCAUUCAAGGGAAGCACUGGGUACGAUUUAACGAUAGGAACGUCAGAAAAGGGUUAUCCAGUGAAACAUUUCAAAAUGGACAACAACUCGUUUCAGCACAUUCUAAUUGUUUUCGGUGGAGUGGAAGGUUUAGAGUAUGCACUGGAAAAUGACGAAUCCUUGAUGGAGGAUGAUGUUAGUGUACUAUUUGACCACUACAUCAAUACAUGUCCUAAUCAAGGUUCAAGAACGAUAAGGACUGAAGAAGCGAUUAUUAUUUCAAUGAGCUCACUAGCACCAGUUAUUACAUCCAGCUAUUGUUAGUAUUUUUUGGAAAUGAUUUUUUAAUACGUACAAUGAAAGCCAUCAUGUGACGGAUUUUAUUAUUUAAACUUUAUCUAAUAAAUAAUGUGUUGGUUCUUUGUGAGCCUAUAAUA